AUGCCAGCUAAAUCAAAAUGGGUUUUGGUUAUGCUCGAAAGUAUUAUUACUGGCCAUAGACAAUUUUGGAUUCGCGAACGUACAGCAGAAAAAGUUGAAAAGAUACUGGUCGAUCCUCAAAUUAGACGAAGAGUGCUGUUUCGCGAGGUAAAGCGAAUUCGUGCUAAAAGUCAGGUUGAAAAUUUCGCUCGGAAUCGUUUUGGUCUGGAGUGA